AGCAAGCAGCGGCGGUGCCCACAGAGCCCGGCCGCCCGCCCGCCCGCCUGCCUGUACCCGGCCCCACAACCGAGGCGGCGCCGUCCACGGACCCGGAGCCCCCCGACGUCCCGCGGCGUGAUGGGGCCACAGCGGCGGAUGCCCUCCGCAGCGGCCGCCCUGCUCUGGGGCCUCCUCCUCCCGCUGACAGCUGCUCAGGAAGCAAUCCUGCACGCGUCUGGAAGUGGCACUCCUUCACCAUCGAAGGACUACUGCAUGCUGUAUAACGCUCACUGGACAGAGCUCCCAAGCACCCUGGACAAUGCGACUUCCAUUAGCUUGAUGAAUCUGACUACCACAUCACUAUGCAACCUUUCUGAUAUCCCUCCUGAUGGCAUAAAGAACAAGGCAGUCGUGGUAACUUGGGGACCCUGCCAUUUUCUUGAAAAAGCCAGAAUUGCACAGAAAGGAGGUGCUGAAGCAUUGUUGGUUGCCAAUAACAGUGUCCUAUUUCCUCCCUCAGGGAACAGAUCUGAAUUUCAGGAUGUGAAAAUACUGAUUGCAUUUAUAAACCAGAAAGACUUUACGGAUAUGAAUCGGACCCUUGGAAGUAACAUUACUAUAAAAAUGUAUUCUCCUGCCUGGCCUAACUUUGACUAUACUAUGGUGGUGAUUUUUGUAAUUGCUGUGUUCACUGUGGCAUUAGGAGGGUACUGGAGUGGACUAAUUGAAUUGGAAAACUUGAAGGCAUUGACAAACAUUGAAGAUAGAGAAAUGAAGAAAAAGAAGGAAGAGUAUUUAACUUUUACUCCUCUUACAGUUGUAAUAUUUGUGGUUGUCUGCUGUAUUAUGAUGGUCUUACUUUAUUUCUUCUACAAAUGGUUGGUUUAUGUUAUGAUAGCAAUUUUCUGCAUAGCAUCAGCAAUGAGUCUGUACAACUGUCUUGCUGCACUAAUUCGUAAGAUCCCAUAUGGACAGUGCAGGAUUGUCUGUCGUGGCAAAAGCACUGAAGUGAGACUUAUUUUCCUUUCUGCACUGUGCGUAGCAGUAGUUGUGGUUUGGGCUGUGUUUCGAAAUGAAGAUAGGUGGGCUUGGAUUUUGCAAGAUAUCUUAGGGAUUGCUUUCUGUCUGAAUUUAAUUAAAACGCUGAAGUUACCCAACUUUAAGUCAUGUGUGAUACUUCUAGGCCUUCUCCUCCUCUAUGAUGUAUUUUUUGUUUUUAUAACACCAUUCAUCACAAAGAAUGGUGAGAGUAUCAUGGUUGAAGUUGCAGCUGGACCUUUUGGAAAUAAUGAAAAGUUACCAGUAGUCAUCAGGGUACCAAAGCUAAUCUAUUUCUCAGUAAUGAGUGUGUGCCUCAUGCCUGUAUCAAUACUGGGCUUUGGAGACAUUAUUGUACCAGGCCUGUUGAUUGCAUACUGUAGAAGAUUUGAUGUUCAGAUGGGUUCUUCUAUAUACUAUAUUUCUUCCACAAUUGCCUAUGCUGUUGGCAUGAUACUUACAUUUGUUGUUCUGGUGCUGAUGAAGAAGGGACAACCUGCCCUCCUCUAUUUAGUACCUUGCACACUUAUUACUGCCUCCAUCGUUGCUUGGAGACGUAAGGAAAUGAAAAAGUUCUGGAAAGGUAGCAACUAUCAGAUGAUGAACCAACUGGACUAUUCAACAAAUGAAGAAAAUCCUGUGAUUACUGGUGAACAGAUUGUCCCUCAAUAAUAUUAUGUGGACCUGCAAUAAUAAUGUGUCACUGAUUUUCUACAAAUAGAGUUUGACUUUUUAGAUUGACUUUUGAAUUAACAUUCUGAAAGAAUCUUCAGUAAUAUGCUUGCAAAUAUAUAUAUUUUUAUGAGCUGGUACUGACAAUUAUAAAUAGUUAAAAUGCAUUACUUUGGUUAUGUUAAAGUUGUGCCUUUGCACUAAAUAAAAACAUAUGGCCUGUGUCAUUUCCAAGAUGUAUUAAAUACAGUAUAUUUUUCUAAAAACAUGCUUUGACCCACCCUUAUACUUUUCUUAAUGGAAUCUGUGUCUUUCAACUCUUAAUAAUAGAUUCUGUCAGAAUGAGUUUCUGAACAGAUUUUAUUGUUAAGGAAUUGUACGUAUUUAUCUGUUUAUAGAAAUAAAUAGUUAAUAUCAUAGAAAAGGGCAGUUCAAUGGUAAAAAUUUGGCUUUCUCCACAAAGGUUAGAAAUAUAUAAUUUGGAAAUAAAUAUAAGUGAAUAUUUUUGUAGUAUAAAUUAUUUUUUAAAACCCCCACUCUUUUUUAAUUUAAGAACCUAAAUUACUUCAGACUGCCUACAUACUAUAUUUGAGGAUCUUUCUGGAUGUAGAGAAACAUAAUAAAUAGAACCAGUCAGGAAAAGGACACAGAAAUGGAAAUGGGUUUCUUAGUGGUCUGCUGUUUUCUUGAAGAUGUAGCUUGGAUUUCUGUACUAACAUGGAGUUUCACUUUGGAAUUGCUGAUAUUUGAAAUGUGUUUCCAUUAAUGCUAAGGUUUGAUGUUUUUCAAAAUUAUUUUUCUUAUCAAAUUAUAGAUUAAUAUAUAUGGCUUGUUGUUUGAGUGUGACAUCCCUGACCUUCCCCCACCCCUCCCCUUUUUAGUUUCCUGAUUUCCGCUCCUUCCUCCAUAGCUAACCACUGUUAACUUUGGUUGAAUAUGGAGGAAAGAAUUGAAGAUAAAAGGCAAGAGAUUGUGUGUUCAUUUCUUUUUAAUUACAAGUAAGAGUUUGAGUAAUAUAUUUCAGCUCAAGACACUGGGAAUAGAUUUAGACCAAUUUGUCACUCUGGUACCUUCCAACUUGGAAAGAUUGUUUCUUAUUCUUUGCUAAAACAAGGUGACCAGACCUAGUCUUUGAUUCUAAAGCCAAUUCAACUUAUUAAAAAUAAAACUAGUGCCUCUUAAAAUGGGUAAGACUUUGAUGUUUGAACUAAAUUUAAUAUUAGGUUCUUUUGUUUAAUUGUUAACUUCUGUUGAGUAAAUUACAAGCAGUUAAGUGGCAUUGACCACUGCCCCUCUUUCAUACGAUUUUGGUACCUUUCGUUUAUAGCAAAUGACCUGCCUGAUUAGCAAGAGUUAAUUCUGCCUCUUCUGUAUCACUUGAAUUUUUUCCAAGUAAUCUAACUUAUUUGGCAGACUCUGAUAGAGAAAAGAACAGGUUAAGUGCCAUUGUAAAACUCCAACUCUAUUUCUAUUUAUGGUAUCAAUAAAAUGUCUGCCAAGAUACAGCUUUUUUAGUAAAUUUACCUGCACUGUUAUCCCAGCUUUAUGAUAUUCAAAAGCCUCAACAUUGAAAUUUCUCAUUUUUAAAAAAAGAUUAUUUAUUUACCUGCUAUGCCACAAUAUCAGCCCCUAAAUUCCAUUUUUUACCACAUUGAAAUAAGAUAUUUUCUAAAAAUAAUUUUGUUUCAUUAAAUAAUUAGUAUUUUAAUUUCUUUAUAUAGGUUUUUCUCCAGAAUAACAUGUUUACUAAUGCAUCUAGAAAUCUAAAAUCUGAGUUGUUUGAUAGAAACUCUGCUUUAUACAACCAUUAUUUAUCAGGAAGUUAAAAGCUUGUUUUUGUGUGCUGUUAAAAUUUUAUUGAUUGAAUAGAAAUGAGAAGGGGAUGGCAUUGUGGUGCAGUGGCGGCAUCCCCCAAGUCCCAGCUGCUGCGCUUCCAAUCCAGGCUCCCUGCUAAUGCACCUAGGAAAGCAGUGAAAGAUGGUCCAAGUCCUUGGCCCCUGGACCCACAUGGGAGACACAAUUGGAGCUCCUGGCUUCUGGCUUCAGCUUGGUCCAGCCAUUUGGGGAGUGAACAAGUGAAUGGAAGACCUCCCUCUCCCCCUCCCCCUCCCCUCUCUCUCUCCCUCCCCCUCCCCCCUCCUCCCCCUACCUCCCUCUUCCUCUCCUCCCUCCCUCUCCUUCCCUCUCUCUCUCCCUACCUCCCUCUCUCACUCUCUCUCCCCUUCUCUCCCUCUCUAACUGCCUUUUAAGUAAAUAGAAAAUCUUUAAAAAUAUAUAUAUAAAUAGGGGCCAGCAUUGUGGCAUAACAAGUAAAGCCAUCACCUGCAGCAACAGUAUCCCAUCUGGGCACCUGUUUGAGUCUCAACUGCUCCACUUCCGAUCCAGCUCCCUGCUAAUGGCCUGGGAAAGCAGUGGAAGAUGGCCCAAGUUCUUAGGCCUGUGCCACCCACAUGGGAGACUUGGAAAAAGCUCCUGGCUUUGGCCUGGGCCAGCUCUGGCUGUUGUGGCUGGCCAUCUGGAGAGUGAACCAACGGAUGGGAGAUCUCACUCUGUUUCUUCCUCUUUCUCUCUCUGUAGCUCUGCCUUUCAAAUAAAUAAAAUCUUUUUAAACAAAUAGAAAUAAGGAACUGUGAAAACUUUUAAGUUUUUCCAUCCUCAAUGUCAACUUUAUAUUAUCCUUAACCCUUCUAGCAUCCUAUCUGAAAAUAGUUAGAGAAAUUAAAAGAAAGCACAAAAAUAGUUUAUUGCGGGAAUCAAGAUGAACAAAAGAUAGGGUAGGUGAAAAUUUGGCUUUUACUCCCCUAAAUGCCCAUAAUGGCCAGGGCUGUAUUAGACCAAAGCCAGGAGCUGGGAACUCAACCCGAGUCUCCUACAGGGGUGGCAGGAACCCCACUAUUUGAGCCACCACCACUGCCUCCCAGAGUGUACGUUAGCAGGAAGCUGGAAUCAGGAGCCAGAGGCAGGACUCCAACAGAGGCGUUCUGAUACGUGUUGGAGGCAUCUUAACGUAAGGCCAAAUGCCUACCCCUGCCAUCAGUAACUUUUAAAGGGAAGAGAAGCUGCUUCUGUUUUUGUUUCUGUUUCUCCUAAACAUGACUUUGAAACAAUGUGGUAUUGAGACCUACUGGGAAAAGAAACCAUUACUUAAAAAUUACCUAGGAACAUUUUUGUGGCUUAUCAAACAAUAACUAUCAAAUUAUUAUGCAGAUUGUUUUUGCCUAAUUUUGUUCAGCAAAUAUAGAGGCUGUGAAGACUUUGAUAUUUUAAUACUUCCAUAUUAUAUUUUCUUUUAGAUUGAAGGUUUUUUGUUCAGCGGUUCUUUAUUAGUAAAGUCUGCAAUUUAUCUUUUUUUUUUUUUAAUUUUUUAUUUUUUUGACAGGCAGAGUGGACAGUGAGAGAGAGACAGAGAGAAAGGUCUUCCUUUGCCAUUGGUUCACCCUUCAAUGGCCGCCGCGGCCGGCGUGUUGCGGCCGGCGCACCCUGCCAAUCCGAUGGCAGGAGCCAGGCGCUUCUACUGGUCUCCCAUGGGGUGCAGGGCCCAAGCACUUGGGCCAUCCUCCACUGCGCUCCCGGGGCCACAGCAGAGAGCUGGCCUGGAAGAGGGGCAACCGGGACAGGAUCGGUGCCCCGACCGGGACUAGAACCCGGUGUGCCGGCGCCGCAAGGCGGAGGAUUAGCCUAGUGAGCCACGGCGCCGGCCUGCAAUUUAUCUUUUGAAGGAGGAAAAAUUCAACCUAUCUUCCACUGGCAUUAGUAUAUUUUAGUUAAUUGUUCAUAGAUUUUGGUGAAACAGUGCACUUAUAAUAAAUGCAAAAGAGCUUUCCAGUUUUAUUUCCUCUUUCAAAUUCUGGACAAGCAUGAAGUUACUUUUACAUUUGACUUAGAGAUAUUUGAAUUACUUUAUUUAAGCUUGGUCUCUAAAAUUCCAGGCAGGUCUCAGCCAGUGAAAUUUCAAAAAACAAAGGAAUUUAUUUCAGAUGAGUGGAAUCUACUGAUUUGAAAUUUCUCAUUUUAUUAACAAGGAAAAAUGUUGAAGUUAUUCAAGAUAAUGCCAGCUGGCCAAUUCUAUAGCUUAAAAAAUGUCACCACCCUGUUUACUUCAGAGAACAGUUUCAAAGAGGGCUGUGUGAGGAUAAUGCAAAUAAAAGUACUGACUAUAGAUCACUGUAUGCAUUCUAGAAGAAAGAUACUCUAAAUCCAGAAGAUCUGAAUCAAAUUACUCAAUCUUUUAAAUUUUAUUCUCUACUGUAGAACUCAGGCUACAUUACUGAAUUUUCAGAGUGAAGAAAAGUCAUUGACAGAGUAAUAUAUAAACCAUAUUGUAGUGAAAUCCAUUAAUGUAAGUUUCCUUGUUUAGUGUCUUCAUUUUUAGGGUACCCUUUGUAUAUGAAAAGGUUCAUUGAGGGGGACAUUUUUAAAACUAAAUUUUUAGACUAGUCUUUCAUUUUUGACAAUUAAGGGUCAACUGAACAAAGGUAGAAUAUUUAGUGUCACUAUGUGGCUCUUUGAUUAGGCAUGAAAAGUACUGUAAACAACUUUUGUAUUCCUUUGGAAAACAUAUUUUUAAUAUCGAAGAGGUUAUCUAGUUAGCCUGCAGCAUUUUACAGUAGGCUAAGUCAAAGUGAAUUAGAUCAUUUUUGCCUGUUUUAUACCUUCUGUUGUAUUUUUACACUUUGAUACAUAAUUUAGUGUAAAUUAAGACUUUUGUAACACUACUAGGCUUUAUUUUUUUAUGGAAAAUGAUUUAAAAUUUUUAAAUAUUUGAAGUGUUAAUUUAGCAAUAUUUUAAACUAUUGUGUGCCAGUACUGACAAGAAAAAAAUUUUUAUGUAUUGUAUUCCCUAUGGUAUUCAAUAAAUUCUAUUUUAAAAUAAAA